CACUCUUUGCACUCGAAAUAGGAAUGCAAUCGAAAGUUAGAGAGAGAAAGAAGAAAGGAAAGGUAUAGGAGAAUAUAGUGCAGAAAAUAUAUCUAUUCUUUUGACUAGUUUGCUAGUUUCCAAUCGUCGUGCCUCAUCGUCGGCGCGUGCCUCCUCGAAUUUUAUCGAUUCUAAUUAGCGAUCUUUUAGCAAUAAUCGCAAAGUAAAUCUAAUCUCUCAUCGUCCCGUGACAUUCGGUGCAGUUUUCGCAACGAUUGCGUCAAUGCGGAGAGUAACACAUACAAAGAAUCACCGGGAGAAGUGAGUCAUCCAUGACGAAAUAAAAGUUUAGAUCCACGACGUAUACGUAUAACAUAUAUGUGGGAGAGUGAAAGAGGGAGAGAGAGGGAGAGACGCGGAAGACAUAGUCGAUGUGACGCGUCACAACUCGCGUCACAUCGGUAGGCAUUUCGGCGUCGCGGGACGAACCUGUGCAUCGCGCCGCAAGAGUCCCUUUCGCUUUCGCCGAAUCGUUCGAUUCGCGCGACGGAACGGGAGGGGUAGCGCGCGGGACACGAGGUCGCUCGAUCUUAGUGCUCCGGAUAAAAAGCCGGUCACUGAGAGGAGGUAAGGUGCGAGGACGGUAGUCCGCGAGUCGUCGGGCGCGCUAGUGUCAAUAGAAAAGUGUCAAUGCUACGAACCGUACGCGCGGCGAGAAGUGACAGAUUCGGUGUGACUGUCGGCGAAGCUGGCCGCGCGUCAUCGUCGAGCGCUCAGUGCGAAGUAAAAUUGAUCAUUGACGACGAUGCGGCCCGACGUUGCCGCCUUAGGUGUAUCAAGCGAAGCUCUGUUUAUUCGACGGAAGACGGAAUCGCAUCCGGUCGACACAGAGCAAAGUCGCUGCGGUGCAGCCGCUGCCGCCGCCGCCGCUGCGGACGGGGCACGCAGUUGACGCGCUCGUUGGCGCGUGUGUCACGGCGAGGUUAUUGCAGUCGGAGCGGUCGACGGCGAUAAGAGGCGAGCGGGCGCGCAACGUCGUACGGUCCGUUUAAAGGCGUGAAUGCGUUGCACGGGGCGAGUACGUUGCCGCCGUCGCCGCCGUCGUCGUCGUCGCCGUCGCCGCCGCCGUCGUGAGGAAACGCCGAGCAAUGGCCGAGCGUCAGUAGGGCGAAUCGCCCGACGUGAGCAGCCUACUAUUGCGUCGAGCAGUACCGUCGAGGACUACCGAUGAUGCGCCCGCACGUGGACGUCCGGUCGCGGCGUGGUUUAACAGACAGAAAGCGGAAUAAGGAGGGUGUAGAAGAGAGUGCCGCCGGUUCGGGCACGCCGGCACGCUAGGAUCGCGCGGCGGCCUAUAAAAAGCUACCGGCUCCUUUCCCUCCUGGAAAAUGAACUCCAUGUUAUACACUAGUUACGGGUGCGCGAUAUUCUGCAUGAUAUUUUGGUCGGGCAUGUGGGUGGUGCACGUGCUGGCGUUGAUCGCCGGCCGUUGGAAGCUGCAUCGCAAGAUGAACCAGGCGCCGACCUACGAGACACCCCUGCCGGCCGUUUCCGUGAUAAAGCCGCUGAUGGGGGUUGAUCCGAAUCUGUUCGGCAAUCUCGAGACUUUCUUUACGAUGGAAUAUCCGCGUUAUGAAUUGUUGUUUUGUGUAGAGGACGAUUCCGAUCCCGUGUUGAUGCUGGUGCGCAAGCUCAUCGAGAAGUAUCCGGAGGUCGACGCCAGACUCUUCGUCGGCGGCUGUCACGUGGGGGUGAAUCCCAAGAUCAACAAUAUGCAGCCGGCGUACGAGGCCGCCAAGUAUGAGUUUGUGUUGAUCAGCGACAGCGGUAUACGGAUGAAGGAGGACACUCUGCUCGACAUGGCGCAUCACAUGACGGACAAGGUGGCACUGGUCCAUCAGAUGCCGUUCACUUACGACCGCGAGGGCUUCGCCGCCGCGUACGAGAAGAUCUUUUUCGGCACCGUGCAGUCGCGGAUGUACCUCGCCGCGGAUCUCCUCAAGAUAAACUGCCACACCGGCAUGUCGGCGUUGCUGAGGAAGUGCACGCUCGACGAGGUCGGCGGCCUCAAGGCGUUCGGCAUCUACCUCGCGGAGGACUUUUUCUACGCCAAGGCGCUGACGGAUCGCGGCUGGCGCAUCACCGUCUCCUCGCAGCCGGCGUUGCAGAACAGCGGCCACUGCGAUGUCUACACCUUCCAGGCGAGGCUGCGACGCUGGGCGAAGCUCAGGGUGGCGAUGCUGCCAACCACGAUUGUUUUCGAACCGCUGAGCGAGUGUGGUGUCCUAGGCUUGUGCGCCUCUUGGUCGGCUAACGAGUUGUUCGAGUGGAACUUUUUAGUUUUUUUUCUUGUGCAUAUGCUCUUGUGGUUUAUGUGCGACUGGACGCUGUUGUGCACUGUGCAGAACGGCCCGCUGCCCUUCAGCAAACUCGAUUUUGUGUGUGGCUGGCUGCUCAGCGAAAUAUCGAGACCGUAUCUAUUUUUCCAGGCUGUCCUGGAUCCACUCAUACAGUGGCGUUCGCGCGUUUACAAGCUCAAGUGGGGCGGCGUCGCGGAAGAAGUUAAGGCGAAAGUCAAAUAUUGAGAAAAAUUCAAUUUCAUAUGUGUGCGAAUGCGUGCGUGAGUGCGUGAGCAUGAGUCAAGCUAGGUAAAUCUCAUUUUUUAACUGAUAAACUGGUAAAGUGUACACAAGGUGCUCCUGUUAUCGCGGCGUAUCUCUCUUUUACGUAAAGCUAAUUUUUUUCAUACAGCAAUAUCUUUUUAAUUUACAAUCGAUUAAAGAGAUAAAAAAGAUCAAUUUUUAUCAGAGUCAAGUAGCUAAAUAAAUAAUGAGAGUGUGUUUCACUGUAUUUCGUUGUUAAGUGAAAGGUGUACACGAGGUGUUUCGGCGUUAUCGCGGCGUAUCUCUUUUUCGCAGAGCUAAUUUUUUUUUAAUAUCUUUUUAAUUUUUAUUUGACAAUGAGUAAAGAGAUAAAUUUUUAUCAAGCCGAGUCAAGCGGUUAAGUGUAAGUAACUGAAUUAAGUGUAAUGAACUGAGUAUUUUUCAUUGUUUAAUUUACUAUUUGAUUUUGAAAUGUAAUAGUUCAAAUGUUGAACUAUACUUAGUAAAACUCGCCAUUAUUAGAAUCACUUCAUAUUUUGACAUGGAGUUUGUACUACAGGGUGUCUACGUGGGAAGUUGCUAAUUAGCUGUAAUUUUUAAAUGCACAUAGGAAAGAAAAGAAGUAAAAUAUCUUAACAGGGGAUAUUUUGCAGUUUUACUUAU